AUGUCUUCCACUACUCCUGUUUCACUCAAUAGUCAUGAUCACAUCAUGCACGUUGUUUCCAAAUACGAUACUUUUUUGCUAGACUGCGAUGGUGUUUUGUGGCAAGGAAAUGUACUGAUAAGUGGUGUUGCCGACACUCUCAAGAUGCUGCGCUCCAUGGGAAAACGCAUUCUAUUUGUAACCAACAACUCGACAAAGUCUCGUAAUGAUUAUCAAAAGAAACUUUCCUCACUCGGUCUGCAAGCAUCUGUUGAUGAAAUUUUUGGAUCUUCGUAUGCUGCGGCAUAUUAUAUUGCACACCAGCUCAAAUUCCCUGCUAACAAAAAGGUUUAUGUAAGCGGAAUGGAGGGAAUUUGUCAUGAGCUUGAAGAGCAAGGCAUUCGGUACUGUGGUGGCCAGGAAGAUAACGAAAAUAUUAGCACUGCUGAUCUUGAAAACAUCAAGCCAGAUCCUGAAGUUGGGGCUGUUCUUUUUGGAUUUGACAUCAAUAUUAAUUAUAAAAAAUUGGCCAAGGCAUUCACAUAUGUCAACUCCAAUCCAGACUGCCACUUUAUUGCCACAAAUGGUGACUUGACUUACCCUACUGCUGGCACUGUAUUUCCUGGCACAGGUGCCAUGGUUGAAGCAUUAGCGGCAUCACUUCGCCGUCGUCCGAUUAUUUUGGGUAAACCACACCAAGUCAUGCUCGAUGUGAUUGUCAACAAGUGUCACCUGGAUCGAUCUAGAACAUGCAUGGUAGGAGAUAGACUUGAUACCGACAUCGCUUUUGGCAAACUUGGCGGGCUUGCUACCCUUCUAGUGAUGACUGGAGUUACAUCCAAGGCAGAGCUAGAUGCCAGUGACAUUAUUCCAGACUAUGUGAUUGACAGUUUUGGUAAUGUGGGUGGUCAGCUCACAAAUGCAUAA